AUGGAUGAGUACGUCUGUCCGAACUGUGUUGAAGCUCAAACAGCACAAGGUUACGAAUCGGCGAGCAGUGCUGCCAGCAGCACACAUGCCACUUUAUGUCGUGCUGAUUAUCCCCUUGUAUGGCGUCUUCUCGAAACAAUCGCUGACCACAGAAUGUCGUGGCCAUUCCGUCAACCUGUAGAUCCCGAAGAGUUCCCGAACUAUAACGAAGUCAUCGAACAUCCUAUAGGUGAGUUUUGA